CGGGGCUUUGAACACCGAGUCUCCUUCAUCUCCGACAACCACCUCCAUCUCAUUUCAUUCCUCCAGACUCUCAUUCACCAUGCUGGUCUCCCUGACUGUUGGCAAGGUGGACGCGGGCGUCGCAGUCCUCUUGACCGAGGACAACCGCCUGAUUGAAUUCCCCUCUGUCCUUCUUCCCAACGGGAUCUCCUCCGGCAGCAUUGUUGACAUUACCGUUGCGCGCAACCAUGCGGCUGAGACAACCAACGCAUCCGCCUUCCAAUCUCUCCAGAAGCGCAUCCUGAAUACCUACGGUGUCAAAACCCCCUCUCCUCCCAUCCUUCGCCUGCGAAAUGCUACCCAGACCUCCCUUGUCCUCGAAUGGGAUCCAAUCGACCUAGCAACUGCGUCCCUGAAAUCGCUCUCCCUCUAUCGCAACGGCUCCAAGGCAGGCUCGAUACCCCGCCCCCUCGAGACGCGCAGCACUAAGAUCAGUGGUCUCGCCGUUCACCAUGAGUACACAUUCCACCUCGUCUUGCGCACAACCGCUGGCACCUACCAGUCGGAGAAGUUGACGUGCCGGACGCACAAGAUGACCGACCUAUCCGGUAUCACUGUGACCGCUGGUGUUCUCGACCCACAGCGCAAGGAGGCUCUUGGACAUGCAUUGGAUCGUAUUGGAGGCAAGAUGAUCGACUCUGUUCGCAUCGAUACCACCCACUUUGUCUGUGCGGAGGGACGAGGACAGCUCUGGGAGAAGGCCGUGGAGAUGAACAUCCCGGUCGUUGUACCCGAAUGGGUGGAUGCGUGCGAGUCUGAGGGAACAAUUGUUGGCGUGCGUGAUUACUAUCUCAAUGCGGACCCCAAGGCGCGCAAACUUGGUACACUUCACGGCUCCUCUCACCAACGGACCACCUCAACCAUGUCUACAACUUCCACUGUCAAUCAGGUCAGACCUAGUCCCCAGCCACCAAUCACUGAGGAAGAUCCCGCCGCGGUUGAGCCGCCUCUCACACCGUUCCCUGGUGGCGAGAUGAGCGGCCAGCCGCAAGCACAAGCCGAGGAAGUUGGAUCAGAAGACGAAGAGGAGACACCUCCCCCUCCACCUCCAAAGGACGAGUCUGACGACGCAGACGAAUCGGCACAACAGAAUGGGGAUGCAGAAAGUUUAGAUGAGAAGACUGGGGGAGAUGAGACAACAAGCAACCCGAACACCCUUCCACAGCAUAUGCCCGAGGGAGACUUCGAGCACACAGGUCAUGAUAAGGGUAAAGGCAAGGAGGGCGAGGGUGAUUUCAACGAAGUGCCACUCUAGGGUCCUUGCAUCCUCUCCCCCUUCUGUCUCUCACGGCACGUCUACGAUUAUAUCCAGUACAGGAUCAUGCUAUUGAGUUUGGGCGCUUUCUGUUCCAGGGCGGGGCUUCAUUAUGAGUAUCGAUGCCCGCUCCUGAUCUUGUCUCUUGUUGCUCUUUUGUAUAGUAGAUAGCCUUUUUCUAAUGCGAUUGGACAUCAACCAUCC